AUGCUGGAUGAAGAAACUUCUGUUUGUCCAGUAAUACGACAAGAACAAUCCAAUGUGCAUAACCAACUAUUGGAUUCAAAAAGAUUCAGUAAAUGGUCGAAAUUAGUCCGUGUAGCUGCAUAUGUGCGCAGAAUGGCGGAUAUAAUGAAAGGUGAACGUAAUUUUCCGGAGAAACUCACACCGGAAGAAAUAAAAAGGGCAGAAAUGAUGAUAAUUCGUCAAGCCCAAGAAGAAAAGAUUGAUGAUGAGACAAAGAAAAAAUGGUCCUUAAUAAUGGAAGAUGACGUAUGGAAAUGUCAAGGAAGAAUGCAAAACAUGGAAGAAGAAUUAAGAACAUUAGUAGCUGAUGCCGAAGGAAUCAUUAAUUCCAGACCAAUCACGCAAGUAGCUGAUGACAGCAACGAAGUACUCAGACCAAUAGACUUCUUAGUACCACAAGUACAAAUGAAUAUUCUCAGCGAUGAAGGAGAUAACGAUGAAGAAUAUUUUGUAUCCAAAUUGUCAACAAAAGAUAAUUUAAAGAAACGUUGGCAUCAAACGAAAAUGAUAAUCAACAAAUUUUGGGAAAUAUGGAAAACAAAUUAUCUCGCAAUACUCCGCAAUCGAACACAAAAGGAGCAUAAAGGUCCUAGAAGCUUCAUAAGUAGACCUCCUCGACUACAUGAAAUAGUCCUGGUGGCAGAAGAAAAUGUUCCCAGAGGGAACUGGCUUCUAGGACGAAUAAUAGAAAUUCGGAUGGGUGCCGGAAAUGCCAUCCGCACAGCCAGAGUCCAGAUGCCAAAUGGUAACAUUUGGACAAGACCGCUUAAUCAUUUAUGUCCAUUAGAAGCGGAUAUCCAACUCUCGAACGAGACAGCAAAUCACCCUCCAAACGCAGAUCAAGACAACCCGAUUUUACAUCCUCAAAAUGAACCAAACCUCGAUGAGGAAGAUGAAGAAAUGCCCGAAAAUUCCUCCCAACCAAAGCAGAUUUCUAAAAAAACCCCUACUGCUGCUAAUUUAGUAAAUGCAGCAGUAAUAAAACCAGUCGGAAAAUUUUGGCCAAUUUUCUUUCUGCUAAUUGCAAUGACACAAUUGACAACCGCCAGCAUGAAAAUGGGAUCUGAUUGCGAAUCAUCGAAUUAUGGAGCAUUCAUGCGGUUCCCAAAAACAAGAAAUUGCAGUACCAUCGGUCAGCAGCAUGACUUCGUGAAAAAGUUAAUCGUAACAAUUCAUUCACGCAUACCAAUGAAACUUUCAGCCGGAGCAUGUUCAAAAAUAAUAAGAACUGUUUGCACGAGAAGCUUUUUACGAUGGUGGCUCGAGGUAACGAUGGACGAAACAACAAUAGAACCAAUGAAACUGGAGGAUUGUCUGGCAAUGAAUCAAAACAAACGUUUCAACGACGUGGCGUUACUAGCAGUUGGAGAAAACAAAUGGGAAUCACAAGUCCCAACGCACUAUAGCUAUGCGACUUUGGAGAACUUACAGGCUGUCCUAUCAAAUGGAACAAUUGCACAACAGAAAGACGAACAAUAUGGUGGAAUGUUAGUUCAAUUCAAACGCAAUGUCCAUAUGAAGAAAUUGGAACUUACAGCGCUCUAA